AUGAUUAAACUGUUCUCACUAAAACAACAAAAAAAGGAUGAAGAAGGCUCUGCACGAGCAGGUGGAUCACAGAAAAAAGCGUCAGCAGCACAGUUGCGAAUCACAAAAGAUUUAAAUGAAUUAAAUUUACCCAAGACAUGUAGCACAGAGUUCCCUGAUCCAGAUGAUUUACUUAAUUUUAAAUUAAUAAUUUGUCCCGAUGAGGGCUUUUAUAGAGGAGGAAGAUUUGUAUUUAGUUUUAAGGUAGGACCAAAUUAUCCCCAUGAACCGCCCAAAGUCAAAUGUGAAACUUCAGUAUAUCACCCUAACAUAGAUCUAGAGGGCAAUGUUUGCUUAAAUAUACUCAGAGAAGACUGGAAACCAGUACUAACUGUUAAUUCUAUAGUCUAUGGAUUACAGUAUUUAUUUUUGGAACCAAAUCCAGAAGACCCAUUGAAUAAGGAAGCCGCAGACGAGCUUCAGAGCAACCGAAGACUGUUUGAGCAGCAUGUGCAAAGAGCUAUGCGUGGUGGUUAUGUAGGAACCUCCUACUUUGAACGGUGCCUCAAGUGA